AUGCCGGCGAUAUUACGAUACAGGGAUGACUGUAUCGAUCCAGUGCUGUACACCUACUUUCGGAGUUCCUGUUCCUGGAGAGUAAGAAUUGCUCUAGCAUGGAAAGGAAUUGAGUACGAAUCCCAAUAUGUGAAUUUGGUGAAAGAUGGAGGACAACAGGAGGAUUAUUCCACCAUAAAUCCCAUGAAACAAGUACCAGCAUUAGUGAUGAAUGGCAGUACAAUGACACAGUCUGUAGCAAUGUUGGAAUACCUAGAAGAGGUCCAUCCAGAAAAGCCUCUUUUACCCAAAGAUCCACUGGAAAGAGUCAAAGUGCGAGAGAUCGUCUCUGUGAUCUCCGGAGGAAUUCAGCCUCUUCAGAAUCUCAGCGUGCUUCAGAAAAUUGGAGAUGAGGGUAAAAUGGAGUGGGGCAAGUUCUGGAUAGAUAAGGGAUUCCAAGGUAAGUUUAUUUGAUCAUAAACUUUCAAA